GCGCCCGAUGAGUGCGGUCCGUGGAAAAACAAAACCCCGCAUAACAUCAAAACCCGCAUUUUACAGCCAACUACCGCCCGGAAUCCGUUUUUCUGUGUCGGAUUUUACGUUUCGCAGCAACAGACGCGGGUUUUCGCCGCUCUUCGGGCCGUGCGGGCGGUGUUGUUUAUCUGUAGUAAGGGGGGGCUUGAAACCGACCUCCCUUGCCCCAUUUCCUCGGUUGUUUUCCUUCUCUCGCCUGGAUUCUCCAUGUUGUUGGUGCAAAAGUGACGGCGGAGGGGGGCUGCUCGGCGGCUAUCACCACCAAAUAGUAGCGGUACACCCGAGGAGACGGAGCGGGCAGAGAAUCGGAUAACCUCCGGGAAACAUAUCCAAGUGCCUCGCCCCCCUUGCCUCCUCCUUCCUCCCGAGGCAGCCGACUGAAGAACAAGAAGCAUCGGUGUGGAGAAGAAAGAAACCAGGCAGGGACGAGAUAAAUCCGGACCGUAACUGAGGCGGGUCACACGGACGGUAACCUCGGUGAAUACUGCUGCUAGAGUCGCCUUAUCAAAACAAAAACAAAAAACCCCAAUGAGGGACGCCCAUCAUCAGUGCUCGGGGACAGGAUUUGAGGAUUUUGAGGGCUCCGUGAUUGUCAGAUGGAAAGUUCUGUUAUCACCCAAGUGCAGAAAGAAGACGUCCAAGUGUCACCGAAAGCAGGCCAGGUGAGCCGCUCUGCCCUGAAACAGCCUCGGAGUUGUAACAUCUUCAAAGCCCUCUUCUGCUGCCUCAAAGUCCAGGAUGGCCCCAAACCGCCUCAGCCGCCACUGCCGCCGCCUUCCCAGCAUGCCCUGCUGGAGUCGCAGGAAAAUGGGACGGUUGUCAAGCCAUCAGAAGUUAGCCUCCUGCCUGAGCUGAAUGCCGAGGACCAAGGGAAGGUCUGCGUGGUCAUAGACCUGGAUGAGACCCUGGUGCACAGCUCCUUCAAGCCUAUUAACAAUGCAGACUUCAUCGUGCCGGUGGAGAUAGAGGGGACCACACACCAGGUGUAUGUCCUGAAGAGGCCGUACGUGGAUGAGUUCCUGCGGAGAAUGGGAGAAAUGUUUGAAUGUGUGCUGUUUACAGCCAGUCUUGCUAAGUAUGCGGACCCAGUGACGGACCUGCUGGAUCAGGGCGGCGUGUUUCGGACCCGACUGUUCCGGGAAUCCUGCGUGUUCCACCAGGGCUGCUAUGUGAAAGACCUGAGCCGCCUGGGGAGGGACCUGAACAGGACCCUCAUCCUGGAUAACUCCCCUGCUUCAUACAUCUUCCACCCUAAUAAUGCUAUUCCCGUGGUGUCAUGGUUUGACGACGCAGACGACGCCGAGCUGCUCAACCUGCUGCCCGUGUUCGAGGAGCUCAGUAAGGCCGAAAACGUUUACACCCGGCUGGACCAGCUCCGGGAACAGUAGUUCUGCUCCUCAUUAGUCUGCAUUCGCCCAGAAAAAGACGCUGCCGCGUUUUACCUUCGCACUCACGUGCAGCUGGUUUGGGGAUCUAGCCCAAACCUGGCGAUCAUGACAACCACUUCUGUUCUUUUUUUAUUUUUUGUUUUUUUAUAUAAGCACUACAAGAAAAGACUGGGAAUUAACCAAAGCCAUCCCAUUACAAUCACUCCAGCUGGUUUAAAUAUGAAAGUGGAUCUUUUGCCAAAGCAGACGUCUGCCUGCCCUCACUGGACUUUUGGAUAUGGUUUGCUUUAUUGUGCCUUUUAAGGAACAAGAGUGAAAAAAAAAGUUUUUUAAAUCCACCAGAUUUUUAUACAUUUAUAGAUUCCUUUUUUUAUAUAAGGAAAUCUAUUUUUAAAUGGUGAACAUUGUUUCUCUAUGCAACCCAGUUCGGUAGUAACAUGGUGUACCUCCUGCGGUCGACAGAUGUGCAGUUCUGUGAAAAAGUCUUAGCCCCCUUUACAGAUUUCCUCUGCUUUUCUUCUUAAAUGUUUCAGAUCAUCAAAAAAA